AAGAACCCUCGAGGGGGGAAGGGAGGGAGGAAGGGCGUGGCUUAUCCCCGGGAGGGGGACACCCAGAGGACUCCAGACUGGACGCGACGCCGAGCCUCGGAGGGUCUCUGCCCCGAAGGUAAGCGGCUCUAAGGGUCUCCAGGCCAGUUCCCCUAUCUCCAAGCCCACCGUCCUUCCUCUGCCGGUGGAAAGUGAGCGCGCGUGUGGAUCUCCCUGCUUCAUUAGUGCUUUAAUUGCAUUGCAGGUGGGGUUGGACUAGAUGAUCCCUUGGGCACCCCCUAUUCCGACGGGUCUUUUUUAAAUGCCCACAAACUGGAAGGCUAGGGGGAGGGGGAGGGGUGGGGUGGGGGCCCUGGGCUUGGAUCCACUCCUAGGGGAGCACUUUUGUUCUCUUGCUGCGGAGUUUCUGCUGUCCCGAAAUGCCCCAUCGGGGGUGGCAUUUUCUCCUGUGUGGGAGAAAAUCGCAGGGGUUCCCCCCCCCCUUACUCGGGAGCAAGGGAAGGUGAAGGCCCCGAGUGGCCUGCCAGGGAGGCGAUCGCUCGCUUUGUCUUUCCCUCGGCAGACGCGCAAAGCGCCGUCGGGGCGCCUGGCUGCUGGCUGUGCGCCCAGGGCGCAGAGCGCACGUGUGGAUAUUCCGGGGUUUCUGGAGCGCGGGCGGAGCGGGUAGAGUCGGGUCGGCGGGGCCGGGCCAAGUCCGUCGGGAAGAGUAAGCAAAGCCAGCCCCUCCCUCUCUCCUUCCGACUCGGCUGGGCUUCUAGGGACUUUCCAUCGGCGUUUCCUCGCCCGCCCAGUUUCCGCCGGAGGCUCUUUCGGCAGCAGAGGCGGUGCUCGCUCGUCUCCUCUUGCCUUCCUCGGGCUCUCCGUUUUCUUUCGCAGGAAGCCCUAAACUCCGGGACUGCUGCUGCCGCCGCCGCCUCGACCGGCCAUGGAUUGCGACGGCUACCCCGCGGUGAGUCGCCCACAAAGGGGUCCCUCUGGGCUCAUCUUGUUCGGUGGGGUGGGAGGGCGUGGAAAUUCCCCCACUUCCCCGCCCUAUUUCCCAGGUUGAGCCAUAUGCAAAAAAACCGGGGCCGCUUGGCUUCCCUGCAGCUCCCCUUCCGGCUUCUAGUCUCCAGAGGUUAACAUUGCCGAUUAGUAAAGGGCAGCAUACUCAUUUUUUUUUUUAAAAUAAUUUUUAUUAAAGUUUCAAUCAGAAAUUAAACAACAAAGAAAGAAAAAAAAACAUCAAAAAAGAUACACAAAUACACAAUACAAAUCUCAAAAAGGAAAUAAAAAAAAACAGAAAAAACAAGAAUCAACAAAAAAAAACAACAAUUAAAAACAAUAUCUCUUUUUCAUUUCCGUUUUUAAAUUUACUUAUUUUCUGGACUUUCUCAUACCUCCCUCUUUUGUAUUCCAAUCCAAAUUGUUUGUCCAGCAAUUUCUUUUCCACUUUUUUAAUCCCAAUCUUUAAUUUUAAUAUAGUAUUGAAAUAUAUAACUUCAACUUCUUUAAACCUAAUCUUUAGUCUUAAUGUAAUAUAAUGUAACAUUAAAAUUUUACCUCUUAAUUGUCAAAUUUCCAUUUCAUUAAACGUCUUUAAUCCUAAUCUUUAGUCUUAGUCUGUUGUAAACCUUAACCUGUACAGCUGGAAACCGCUUAUUUUCAGUCCAACAUCACUCUAACAUUCUUUAAUUUUGCAAUGUUUCUGAAGAUAGUCUUUGUAUUUUUUCUCAUUUUGGGAGACAGAAAAACCCCAGAUCUCACUUUGUUUUUUAUUUGUUUUGUGUGCCCAAGACAAACGCAGCUCCUUGUCCUGGAUAGAUAGUGGCCAUGAGUCCCUUUCUAGUGAAAAACCCCCAGAAUAUAAGUAUUAUAAUAAUAUGCAAGAAGAUGAAAAUGGCCGAGUGAUAGAACUAGUCAGUACUUUUUUUGCUGGGGGUACUUGGUACACAGUACCAAUAACCCCCCCCUUUCCCCAAAUGUUAAAAGUGUGGCACUUACUAUAACAGCUUCAUGGUGAGUGCCAAUACCAAUUUUUUCUUUUUUAACACCCCCCCUGGAACUACUUAAGCCACAAGGAAUAAAACAAUCCAGUACCAGUUUCAAUUGUAAGCCACUUUGAGGUAUUGUUACAAUCAAGCAGUAUUAUUACAAUCAAGCCUUUUCUGUGGUGGCUCCCUGAUUGUGGAAUGCUUUCCCCAGAGAGGCUCGCCUGGCGCCAUCACUACGUACAGUAAGGCACCAGCCAGAAACAUUCCUCUUUACCCAGGCUUACGGCUAUUAAAUAAUCUAUGGCCUGUGAAAGUGUGUGUAGAGACAAACUGUUAUUAUGUUGACUAUUUUACGAUUAGGCUGUCUUACGUCAGUAGGCUAUUUAUUACGUUUUUAUCAUUGAUGCUCUGUAAUGUGUUUUUAAUGGGAUCUUUUGAUAAAUGGUGGUAUUAUAAAUUGAAGAAAGAGUAAUAAAUAAUAUUGUGAAAGCAGUUGUAAGACUGUGCUCCUAUUUGCCUAAAGAGCCUGUCCACAGAAGAGACUACCUGCUGUGUCUUUGGAGGGAGGUAAAACCAAAGUCUGUGCUAGAGGCUGCUCUGUCUUUUCCCUAAGCAGCGAGGGAGAGUGCCCUUUGCACCUAGCCAUAAGGCACUGUUUCGCCUCUUUCCAGUUGGGAGGCAUGAUCACACCUGCUUUUCCUGAAACUCGGUAGGGUAGGUGAUUUUUUAAAAACGUCCUGAAGCUCUCCUGAGGCAUUCCAAAUUGGUAUUUGUGGGGGUGGUGCCACCUCUCCCCUCCACCUCUUGUCUUCCCAUGGCAGGAAGCCCUGAAGAGUGUUAACAUGCUUUAUUCAAAAAUUUCUGUUUCUGGAGCAGGUGGGAACCCUAAUUGUGCAGGAUUCCGUCUCUUGGGUCUGGUAAUAGAGGCUUCAUUUAGCUAUCGCAUACCCUUAGCAAAUGGUUUAAAGCUUGCCUGUGCACCGGGCUGUCUUGAGUUUAUGUAUUUCAUACAGUGAGGGGGGGAAAGUAUUUGAUCCCCUGCUAAAUUUGCCCGUUUGCCCCUCUGACGAAGAAAUGACCAGUCCAUAAUUUUAAUGGUAGGUUUAUUGUAGCUGUGAGAGACAGAACAACAACAGGAAGACCCCCCCAGAAAGCCAGAAGACAAAAGUCAGAGAUUGAUGUGCAUUAUAAUGAGUGAAAUAAGUAUUUGAUCCCUUUGCAAAAGAUGACUUAGGACUUGGUGGCAAAACCCUUGUUGGCAAUUUCAGAGGCCAGACGUUUCUUGUAGGUGGCCACCAGGUUUGCACACAUCUCAGGAGGUAUUUUGUCCCACUCCUCUUUGCAGAUCCUCUCCAAGUCAGUAAGAUUUUGAGGCCGAUGUGUAGCUACUCCAACCUUCAGCUCCCUCCACAGAUUUUCAAUGGGAUUAAGGUCAGGAGACUGGCUGGCCACUCCAGGACCUUAAUGUGCUUCUGCUUGAGCCGCUCCUUUGUUGCCUUGGCCAUCUGUUUUGGGUCAUUGUCAUGCUGGAAUACGCAUCCUUGACCCAUUUUCAAUGCCCAGCUGAGGGAAGGAGGUGCUCACCCAAGAUUUGACAAUACAUGGUCCCGCCCAUCGUCCCUUCGAUGCGGUGAAGGUGCCCUGUCCCCUUAGCAGAAAAAGACCCCCAAAGAAUAAUAUGUCCCCCUCCAUGUUUGACGGUGGGGAUGGUGUUCUUGGGGUCGUAGGCAGCAUUCCUCCUCCUCCAAACACGGCGAGUUGAGUUGAUGCCAAAGAGCUCGAUUUUGGUCUCAUCCGACCACAACACUUUCACCCAGUUCUCUGGGUCAUUCAGAUGUGCAUUGGCAAACUGCAGACAGGCCUGUACAUGUGCUGUCUUGAGCAAGGGGAUCUUGCGGGCUCUGCAAGAUCUCAGUCCUCCACGGCGUAGUGUGUUACCAACUGUUUUCAUGGUGACUAUGGUCCCAGCUGCCCUGAGAUCAUUGACAAGUUCUGCCUGUGUAGUUCUGGGCUGCUUCAUCCCUGUUCUCAUUGAUCACUGCAACUCCAUGAGAUGAGAUCUUGCAUGGAGCCCCAGACCAAGGGAGGUUGACAGUUAUUUUGUGUUUCUUCCAUUUGCGAAUUAUUGCACCAGCUGUUGUCACCUUCUCACCAAGCUGCUUGGCAAUAGUCUUGUAGCCCUGUCCAGCCGUGUGCAGGUCUACAAUCUUAUCCCUGACAUCCUUGGACAGCUCUUUGGUCUUGGUCAUGGUGGCUACUUUGGAAUCUGCUGGACUGAUUGCUUCUGUUGACAGGUGUCUUUUGUACAGGUACUGUAACGAGCUGGGAUUGCAGGUAAGACCUCUCCCUUACAGCAGGUGCUUCCAAUCUUAGCUCGUUACAUACAGUGAAGAUACCAGGUAGCCUGACAUCUGGCUGGUUGAUAGGGGAUCAAAUACUUAUUUCACGCAUUAUAAUGCACAUCAAUCUCUGACUUUUGUCUUCUGGGUUUCUGGGGGAGUUUUCCUGUUGUUAUUCUGUCUCUCACAUCUACAAUAAACCUACCAUUAAAAUUAUGGACUGGUCAUUUCUUUGUCAGAGGGGCAAACGGGCAAAUUUAGCAGGGGAUCAAAUACUUUCCCGCCCCCUCACUGUAAUUCUGUGGCCUUUCUGUCACACUUGUGCCAAAUGUGUCGUAAGAUUUCUGUCUUGUCCCCUAUUCUGUUUGCAGUGCUUGGACGGGAUAGAAUACGACGAUUUCCAGUUUGGCCCUCAUUUGAUUGAGCAUAAGGAUCUCAUGGAAACUGGUAAUGGAUGCUUUUGGGAGUUUAUAUGUGCUUCGGGGAAUGAUAAAUGACAAGGGAGGGGAAGUUUCAGUUGAGCUUGUGCAUAUUGUGUUAUGGAUAUAAACUGUUGCUCAACAGUUGGUGCUUCUCAAACUUGGGUCCCCAGCUGUUGAGACUACAACUCCUAUCACCCCUGACCUCUGGUCCUGCUAGCUAGGGACGAUGGGAGUUGUAGUCCAACAACACUUGGGGACCGAAUUUUGAGAAACACUGGCUUAACGGAAUUGCAUGUGGUUGUGUAUACAUUGGUCCAAUCAGGAUAUUUUCUUUUUUAUAUCCACAGUUGAAGGCCCGUUCCUCACUAUAAUUGAGCAGCCAAAGCAGGUACGGAUGUAAUCAUUUGUCACUGAACUGAGCUUUUUUUAAUAAUAUUUUUUAUUAAUUUUAACAUAUAAAUUAUAAAAUGUGCCACAAAACUUAUCACUUAUACAAUCUUUUUAGACUUCUAUCAGCACCUCUGAUGAUCCGCCAUUUUAACCACUUCUUAUGCAUUUCUUAACUUUAUAUUGCCUUUACAUCUCUUAACAAAUCAUCCUCCCCCUUGUCCAUUUUUACAAUACUUCUAAUAAUACUCCUCACAAAACUUCUUGCAACCCUACAAACGUCGUCUGUUCUUCACAAUUACUUUUCAAAUAGUCCGUAAAUUUACUCCAGUCUUCCAUGAAUUUCUGGUCUCACCGGUUUCGAAUCCUUCCUGUUAGUUUAUCUAAUUCUGCAUAGUCCAUUAACUUCAUCCUCCAUUCUUCAAUCGUCGGUAACUCUUCUUGCUUCCAUUUUUGGGCCAAUAAUAUUCUUGCUGCUGUUAUUGCAUAUAAAAAGAGCUUACAUUCCUUUCUAUUUAUGUCACUCUCCACAAUGCCCAAUAGAAAUGCUUCUGGUUUCUUUAUAAAUGUAUAUUUCAACGUUUUUUUCAACUCUAUAUAUAUCAUCUCCCAGAAGCAUUUCACCUUUUUACUUUCCCACCACAUGUGAUAAAAUGUUCCCUCUUUUUCUUUACAUUUCCAACAUUUAUUACUGACUUUAUACAUUUUCGCUAACUUGACAGGUGUAAUAUACCAUCUAUACAUCAUUUUCAUCACAUUUUCUUUUAGGGCACUGCAUUCAGUAAAUUUUAAACCUACCUUCCAUAAUUUCACCCAAUCACUCAGCUGUAUAUUAUACCCAAAAUCUUUGGCCCAGUGAAUCAUAACCGACUUAACCUCUUCAUCCUUCAAAUGCCAUUCAAGCAGCAAUUUAUACAUUUUAGACAAAAUUUGUACAUCAUUACUUAAUAUGUCACUGAACUGAGUUGCCCCAGCUAUGUAUAUGCUGUUGCAAGCACACUUUCCCCAACGGCUUGGUUUGGUGUAACUGGUCAUGUAAUGGGAUGUCUUUGUUUUCCUUUGUCUUCCGCAGCGAGGUUUCCGGUUCCGAUAUGGCUGUGAAGGUCCCUCACAUGGUGGGCUUCCUGGAGCAUCUAGUGAGAAGGGACAUAAGACUUACCCCACAGUUAAGGUGAGCAUCAGAUAGUUUUUAAAAAAAUGUAUAUUCUUCAUUGCAAGAUAAAAAGUACAUAAGAGUAAGAUAAGACACAUAAAGAAGAAAUGGUACCCAUGUAGAAAGCAGAACAACAACAAAAUGGUAUACAUUACCCCCAAAAAACAUUGUGGUUAACCAGACCUUAACCUAAUACUGUACAGUAUUUAUAAAAUGAAUUUGAAAUAUUGUUGAAUUUGUCCAUGGCAAGUCUCCGUUUGUAGGCAACUUGUUCAUGUGUAGCGAGUUUGGACAUAUAUUCAGUCCAGUCGUUGAAGGGAGCUGCUUUAUUUUCCCCAGUUUGUCAAUAUCUGUCUUUUUGCCAUAGGGCAGGGAGAGUCUAUUCAUAUUGUGCCCUUUUGUUAGAUUCAGUGUAUUGAAAUAUAGCCCAGCCAAAUAUUGAUUAAACUACCUGAAGGUGAGAGCAUCAGAUGGUUUAAUCAGUAUUUGGUUGGGCUAUAUUUGAAGAUCUUUAAAUUAUUUUUUUUUUUAAGAACAGCCAUACUCUCAUGGGCCACUGGUAUUCCGACUUAGGAUAGCCUUUUUGACUAGCAGAUGGACAUCUGUUGCUUUGGGAGGAGUACAAAGUGCCAAUGAAAUACUUGGUUUGCAGUCUUCAUCCACCUGCACUUUAGGACACACUUUGCAACAUUAUACCUGGCAGGUGUUGUGAAAAUAUCACCUUGCUCUUGUUGUCUGAGGUGCUUAGUUGCUUAGGGAUCAAAUGUGUUUUGCCAUCCAGCUCCUCUGAAGGAAUGGAGCAUUUCCAUUGAGCUUGAAUCAGGGUGGAUUUGAUUUAAAUCACUAGUCAGUAAGACUUGAUUGAAAUCAUUUUAUUACAGAAAGACUCAUUCUUGCUGGUAUAAUCUUAAUAUUUACAACCAGAUGGAGGUUUCAUUUUUGGGAUUUUUCAGAGUGGUUUUUUACAGUUACAUAAAAAAUUGCUGAUUUGGUUAUACUGUUAGGAAUACACAGACAGAUAAUUAUGAAAUUAUUGUGAGGUUUAAUAAGUUAACUGUUUAUAUUUGGACAACUUUUCUGCUGUACUUUAUUGGAAGGAGAAAAACCAAUCAUUUACUUUAAAACAAUUAAAACAAUUUAUUUAACUGAAACAAUAACAUUAUAGCAUAUGUAUCCGUGUUUGUUAACUGAUGCGGUUAAACAAUAAAAUAAAAAAACUUAGACGGAGUUUUAGCACACAUGAAAAACUUAAAUCCUUAUUUCCUGAUGAAUAGCCUUUGGACUGUAGUGUAACUUAAAUAGAAAACUAUCUUUAGAACGAUUUUUCCUCCAAAAGCAUUUUAUUUUAAAAAUCCAAUUAAAAUUAAAAAAAUCUGGUGUUGUUUUUUUUAAAUUUAAAAAAUCAUUGAUUUUAAUCAAUGGAAUUAAACAUUGGGGGCAGGUUGAGUCACUGGGAAUAAGUUGUGAAGAGACCCCAGAGGCAAAGAGUGUAGAGCGGAUGGGUUGAGUCAUCUGACGGGAAGGCUUUUAGUGGAGGGUGAGGCUUGAGGAAGAAGGAAGAGGAGGUGGAGAAUUGGGGGAAGAAGGGACUUAAUUAGAAGGCAUUCAAACUUCAUAGUACUUAAUAUCAGGAAUGUCUGUGUGCCGUGAAGGAAGCGAGCGCUGGAGAGGCUGACGAUUGCUCAGUUUCCCUUCAGCUGUGCAAAGCAGGCAAGGACAUGAAAAGCAAGGAUGUGAGGCAGUGCUGGAUUUACAUAUUGCAGCCCAGGGCCUCAUAACCUAGUGGGGCCUUGGUCUCUUGCCAUUUUUUGUGGGGGAAGGAAGGCAGAGUUUACUCUCUAGGCUAGGCAUAGGCAAACUCGGCCCUCCAGAUGUUUUGGGACUACAGCUCCCACCAUCCCUAGUUAACAGGGCCAGUGGUCAAGGUUGAUGGGAAUUGUAGUCUCAAAACAUCUGGAGGGCCGAGUUUGCCUAUGUCUGACUAGGCCCAGUUGCUUUUGUUGUUGCUUAGUCGUUUAGUCGUGUCCGACUCUUCGUAACCCCAUGGACCAGAGCACGCCAGGCACUCCUGUCUUCCACUGCCUCCCGCAGUUUGGUCAAACUCAUGUUCGUAGCUUCGAGAACACUGUCCAACCAUCUCGUCCUCUGUCGUCCCCUUCUCCUUGUGCCCUCCAUCUUUCCCAGCAUCAGGGUCUUUUCCAGGGAGUCUUCUCUUCUCAUGAGGUGGCCAAAAUAUCGGAGCCUCAGCUUCAGGAUCUGUCCUUCCAAUGAGCACUCAGGGCUGAUUUCCUUCAGAAUGGAUCGGUUUGAUCUUCUUGCAGUCCAUGGAACAGUAAAAAAGAGAACAAGAUUUCGUUUCUUAUGAUCAGGUGCUGUUGAGUUUGGGCCUCCCUAAGUCUCCUAGCCAAAGGCAUCCAGUUGCCUUAAUCUGGGCCUGAUGUGAGGGAACAAAAAGGUGGCAGAGGCCAGGAAGAUGGUGAAAGUAGCACAAAGCCAAACAGCACAGGGGCUGCGAGUAAGAGGAGCUGCACCUUAUUAUUGGGAAGGAAAUUGGCAGGUCAUGGCGUCCUGAAGGACUAGUGACUGGGCCGAUGUACUGAGUCGAGACCUGCUGUCCUCCUGGCGCUGAUGGAAGUUGUAUUUGAGCAACCCCAACCAGCGCAGCUGGAGGGCCAGGAUCGGCCCAAGACCAUUGGGCGCCUGAGGUGGACCACAAAAUGGCGGCUGCUCUCCCCCGCGAGGGAAGAAGGUGUGGGUGAAGUUCUACCUCAGGAACAAGGGGAGGGGGAAAUAAAGAUCUGCAUUGGGAACAAAGGUGGAAGGAGAACAGUGUUUCUUAAUGGCAUGAGGUGGCACAGUGGGUGCUGCCAGUUGCAGGAUUGCAGCGUUGCAAAGGGGCAGCAGAUACCUAGAAGCGGCAAACAGCUGUGGGAUUGAAUUUCAGGUAAAUAGCCAAUUUUGUUUUAUUUUUUAGCUUCAGGCUUGUCAAUUGGAGUUUCCUUGGGCUGGUGUACCUGAGUGGUCUGUUUUAGGAUGCAUUGCUAAACGAAGGUGUUAAUGAUUUUCCACAGCUCCGCCUGGUUUUUCUCAGAACUUUGUUGCUGCAGCAGCCUUUAUUUUGCGGGGCAAUUUUUCCCAAGUAUUACUGGAUGGGGAAAAAAUAAACACUUGCGAUAGAUAGGAGUUAAAGCUCUUGUUCAACAUUAGUGUGGUGAAAUCGAUUUCAGAUGUUAAAAAGAAGUAAACAACCAUUCCCUAUCUAGUUAGUCUAAUCCACUCUUCUGCCUUUCUUUUAACAUUUGUUUAACCCCUUCUUUAUAAGUAAACUAUUUUGUCUUUUUUCUAGUUUUUCAGUUCUGUGCAGUUACUAGAGCUGCAGGGAGUACUCAUCUUGUUGAGACACCAUUGAUUGGUGACAUUAUUAUUUAUUCUAUAACUCCUGAGUGCAUUGGCUUUUUGAUGGCUACUUAAAGUAUAAAGAUUCAUUUUGUGUAAGGUUGCGUAUGUCGGGAUCUGUGGCAGCGGAAAGAAAAGCUGACUGUAGUCUUUGGAGAUAAUUUGUACUACGUUUGUGUGAGGCCCAUCCCUUUUAGACCAAAAAAAAAGGGAGUCCCGUUUCAGGUGUACACAAAGUACAGUCAGGCUUUGUUGUGAAGAAACCCAAAUCGUGCACCAGCGGUUUUUUCUUUGUAAUAACAGAAAAUGAAUUACUUUGGCUGCAAUUGUAAUUGUAUUGCGAUGAGGCUACAUUUUAAUGUUUCAAUAUUUUAAUGUAUUUUAAUUUUGUUUUUAAGUUGUAAUCAUUCAACUUGUUUUUAUUAUUGCUUGUUAGCUGCCCUGAGCCCGGCCUUGGCUGGGGAGGGCGGGGUAUAAAUAAAAAUUAUUAUUAUUAUUAUUAUUACAAUUGUAUUGCAUACCUUAUUUUAUCUGUAUCUGGCUGCAAUCUGCAUUUUAAAAUUCAAACUUUUAACAUUUAAUAAUUUAAAAUUGUGAUUGUGAAAUCUGGCACCCUUUAGAGGUGACUCUUAAAGUUUACACCAGACUAGUAAACUUACUGAUUCAGGGCCCUGUCCUGAAAUUUUUACUGAGUGCUUUGUUGGGUAGUUGAUGGUUGCUUUCGAGAAGCUAUGCCUUGAAAAUGGCUUUGUGCUAGGUAAAUUGUGGCUGUGUUCUGGCAUAAUGCUAAACUGUGGCUUAGAUUACAAGAAUGAGCCUACCAUCUUCCCUGACUUGGGUGCUGUCCCUCUCUGUGAGGAGAUUGGAACCUUCCACUUCCACUUUGGAUUAAUCAUAGCAUAGCAUGUUGUCUGAGCCCUAAACCAAUUAAUCUUAACUGUGGCUAGCAAAAACGACCCAGCUUCAUAAACCUUGGCUUGAAGUUGCCCUUCCUCUGCUAUCUGUGGUGAAGAUUUAACUACCGUAUUUUUUGCUGUAUAAGACUCACUUUUUCCCUCCUAAAAAGUAAGGGGAAAUGUGUGUGCGUCUUAUGGAGCGAAUGCAGGCUGCGCAGCUAUCCCAGAAUCCAGAACAGCAAGAGGGAUUGCUGCUUUCACUGUGCAGCGAUCCCUCUUGCUGUUCUGGCUUCUGAGAUUCAGAAUAUUUUUUUUAUUGUUUUCCUCCUCCAAAAACUAGGUGCAUCUUGUGGUCUGGUGCGCCUUAUAGAGCGAAAAAUACGGUAGUUAUUUCUACAGUCCUACCUUGUGUUGCGUCCGCUUCAUGUUGCGUCUUUUCGCGUUAUGUCCUGCGGCAACCUGGAAAUACCAGAAAAGGUUACUUCUGGGUUUUGCCGCUUGCGCCUGCGCAGAGGUGCUAAAUUGCGCUGUGUGCCUGCGCAGAUGCAGCGUUUCGAGUUGUGGGCAUUUCACGUUACGGACGGGGCUCCGGAACGGAUCCCGUCCAUAACACGAGGUACCACUGUAUUUGGAUGAAGCAGCAAGUCGCAGUUAAAAAAUAAAAUAAAAUGGAAGCUUCCACAUUCCUUGCAGCUGUGUUGAAGGAGGCUGGCAGGGGUUUGGGGUGGGAAUGUACGAGCCCAGGUUGAGGCGAAGUCCAUUUUCACAAUGCGAAACUGUGGGCUUACUCUGGUUUCAAAUUAACCCAGUAAUAAUUGCUGAUGGGAAUUCUGGGGAGAAAAACUGAUCCAUAGGCCUAAAAGUAUGUGUUACAAAGAAUUGUCCUCUCUCUGGCUGGACUCUAAUCACUUGGACUUCCGUGUUCUUCUUUUUCAUUGCCAGAUCUCCAAUUAUUUCGGGAUGGCUAGGAUAGAAGUGGACCUGGUGACUCACACUGACCCUCCGCAGGUGCACGCCCACAGCCUCGUGGGAAAGCAGUGCAACGAAGCCGGCAAUUGCAUUGUAACUGUGGGCCCCAAGGACAUGACAGCACAGUACGUAUGAGCUGGCGGGUGGGGAGUUGUAGAUAGUAAUGCUUUUUUGUAAAAUUCUGAUUUUGUAAAAAGCAGAAUUCUGACUAUAUUUUUGGCUCUGUCGAGCUAGAGCUAAGCGUUUCUUGAAAGAAAUGGCACUUACAAUCCAGAGGUACCUUGGGUCUUGAACGUAAUCCGUUCUGGAAGACCGUUUGUGUUCCGAAACGUUAGAAAACCAAGGUGCAAAACAAAUCAGCAAAUUCAGUUGAGAAAAUUGAAAAAUACACAGCAGAAGCUGUUCAACUUCCGAGGUGUGUUUGAAAAUGGAAGCAUUUACCGUAUUUUUCGCUCUAUAGGAUGCACCCGACCAUAGGACGCACCUUGUUUUAGAGGGGGAGAACAAGAGAAAAAAAUUCUCCCCCUCUUUGCCCAGCACCCCUUCAAUGAAGCGGCAGGAGGUGCUGCACAGAGAGGGGGAGAAUUAUUUUUUUCUUGUUCUCCCCCUCUAAAACAAGGUGCAUUCAGUCGCCUUCAGGCAGCUACCUUGGAAACCUGGAGAGCGCACCCACCACUCUCGCUCUCUAGGCUUCAGUGAAGGCAACCCGAAGCCUCCGAAGCACGGCGGGAGUUCCUGCUGCUCUCUGGAGGCUUCGGGUUCCUUUCAACCUGCUCUUUGGGGCUGGCCGGGGGAAGUCCACCGCCUGCCCCAAAGAGCAGGUCCGGAAGCAGCAGAAAGGCGCGCAGCCUUCCCGCUGCUCCGCAAGCUUCUUGGGGCUGCCGGGGAAGCCCAGGUCCCCCCCCCCCCCAGCCCCAAAGAGCCCCAGGAGAGACUGCGCGUGGCUAUAGCUUCUUGAGCCCCGCGCAGCCUCUCCCGGCUGGAGAGGUUUCGCGCGGCUAAAGAGGAAGCCAAGACAGUGAGCGGGAUCCAUCCCGCUCGCUGUCUUGGCUUCUGCCAUAGCAGGGAGAGGCUGCGCGUGGCUAUGGCAAUACCCCCACCUCCCGCAAAAGCCCACAGGAGCCGCGCGCACUUUAAGGAGCGCAUGGCUCCUGUGGGCUUUUCUACGAGGGGGAGAAGGGACUGACUGGCCGCGUCAGUCCCUUCUCCCUCCUGAGGAAAAGCCCGCAAGAGCCGCGUGGAGCUUGUGUGCGGCUUUUGGGGGCUUUUCCUGCCUGCCUCCCCCCUGCCUCCGCUCCAUAAGACAGACACACAUUUCCCCUUACUUUUUAGGAGGGGAAAAGUGCGUCUUAUGGAGCGAAAAAUACGGUACUUCUGGGUUUUCGGUGUUUGGGUUCCAAAAUGUUUGUCAACAGAGAUGUUCGAGAACUGAGGUACCACUGUACAGCUGGAUAUUGUAGACUGGCCAAAUAUUGCACACUUAACCAAUUAGUUAGGAAUUUUGGAACAGUCAUUUAUUGCAGUAUAAAAUAUUGAGAGCAUUUCCUCUUCCUGGACUUAGCUGGCGGUUGAACUGGCAACUUCUAGACCACAGCAUGCUCUCAGAACCAGAUGGCUGAGCCUUAUGUCGCCAUUAGGCUCUGAUGUCUUAAUUAGUUUUCUUAUUUUUUGUUGCACUUUUCUUUAUUGUAAGAUAAAUUUGAUGAGUUUAAUGCAAGCAUAAAACAGAAUUGUUCUUUCUCAGAGGAGGCAGAUAUGCUGUGAAGAGUAAGUUUGCCCAUCUGUUUCUGGAGGCAAGUCUAGCUGACCAUCACAUCUCCACAAUUCCACUGAUUAAGAAUCCUUUCCUAAUUCUUAACUGACUUUUGUCAGGAGGGUAGAGUGUUUUUUUGGCUCUAGAGCUACAGUGGUGCCUCGCAAGACGAAAAUAAUCCGUUCCGCGAGUCUCUUCAUCUAGCAGUUUUUUCGUCUUGCGAAGCAACCCUAUUAGCGGAUUAGCGGUUUAGCGGCUAUUAAAGGCUUAGCGGCUUAGCGGCUAAAAGGCUAUUAGCGGCUUAGCGGCUUAGAAAAAGGGGGGGGAAAGCGAAAAAAAUCGCAAGACUCGCAAGACAUUUUCGUCUUGCAAAGCAAGCCCAUAGGGAAAUUCGUCUUGCGAAGCGCAUUGAAAAACGGAAAACCCUUUCAUCUAGCGGGUUUUUCGUCUUGCGAGGCAUUCGUCUUGCGGGGCACCACUGUAUUGGCCUUAUUUUUGUUCUUCAGAUUCCCCCUCCUUGCUCCCCCAGACUCGGACGGGUGCCUUUCUUUUCCUUUCCUGUGGGAAAAUAUAUUGUUGAAAUGCAAAGUAAGAGUAGGAGUUAGGAAGUUAGGAAGCUAACUCUUCUAGGUGAUAACGUCAUUGUAAUGACUAUACAUUGUCCAAACUCUUCAUAUUCAAAGAGAACUUUACUUACAUUAACUGAAAAGAAUGUCUUCACAACCUCAUGCUUAUUCACUUUGUUCCUUAUAGAGAGCUUCUGCAUAGGUUUCUCCUUAGUAACAUUUAGGGAUCUUCCUCUGUCUGUUUCACUUCGGACAAAUCAGACUGACACAACAUUGUCCUCAGCGGUAUCCUGAGAAGUCUCUCAGCAGCCAUUCUCCACACGCAGAGAGCAGAAAGCAGUUAAAAAUGACAGUUGCUGGAAUAACAGUCACAACACAAUAGAAUGCCUCUCUCGUGUGACUCACAGCCAGCCAAUCACAUGAGAGCUACUGCAAAAGGAAAAACCCCAUGUUAAAACUACACAGUAAUUUAACAUAAGUAAACAUUCCCAUUUCAGGAAUUAAAUCAUCAUCCUUAACAGAGGUGUGGGGGAAGGAGACGAGGAAGAGGACUUUGCACUUGGUGGCACUACCCCAUUGAGAAUGUAUUUGGUGUUGAGCCCAUGUAAAUAAUGCCUUCAAAGCAUCCAUAAAUCAAAUUCUUUCCUUCAGUCAAGUCUGGAUUGAGGCCUUUGUCUAGGCAGAUCAAUCAUCCAUGGCAUUUUUCAGUGUCCUGGGUUUAAUCUUCAGCAUGUCCACAUCUUGCCUUUGAAUCGUGCCCAGCACUUGCUCAACAGUGCACAGAUUUCAAACGUUACUCUGUUUGAACUCUUGUCUCUCUUGAACCUGUUUGCAUGAGUCCCAUUAAGCACCUGACCUUUGGCUGUGUUUGGCUGGCUCAUGGAGGGCUUUGUCUGCGAGUAAGCUAAGUUUGUGUGUGUGUGUUAUUGAGGAGCUACACUGUGAGCCUUGUCAAUGGGUGGAAGACUCCCAUCCCAUAUUGUUUUGUGUUUAUUUCCCUUUCUUCCACUGCUAAUUUUCUAAAAUUCCCUCAGGUGCCGGAAUUCACCACGAACAUCUUGCUUGUUCUCUUAUAAUGGCACCCGAGAGGUGCCAGAACUGAGUUUUGUAAAUGAACUGGUCGGCUGCUACUGGGAAAGUCUCCUUGUUCUUCCACCCAUUAAUGACUUCAGCUUUUCUUUUCUUUUUUUAAAAAAAUAAUAUUUAUUAAAAUUUCACAAGAAAAAAAACCACAUUAAUGAAGAAAAAAUUAACAAUAAAAAGAAAAAAUACAAAGUAAAAAAGGAAAAAACAAUUAAAAACAAUUUCAUCUUUUCCUCACUUCUUUUACAUUUACUUGUUUCCCGGACCUCCUCUUACCUCCCUCUUUUGUAUUCUAAUUAAAUAUGUUAAUCCAACAAUUCCUUUCCCUCCUUUUUAAUCCUAAUCUUUAAUCUUGAUAUAAUAUAACUUUAAAUUUUAGAUUUUACAUAUUAAAACCAAUUUUUCCAUAUUCUUUUAGCCUGUACAGCUAGAAACCCCUUAACUUCAAUCCAACAUCAUUCUAACAUUCAUUAAUUUUGCAAUAUUUCUGUAAAUAGUCUUUGAAUUUCUUCCAAUCUUCUUCCACCGACUCUUCUCCCUGGUCACGGAUUCUGCCAGUCAUUUCCGCCAAUUCCAUGUAUUCCAUCAUUUUCAUCUGCCAUUCCUCCAGUGUGGGUAGAUCUUGUGUCUUCCAUACUUUGCUGACUUCAGCUUUUCUAGACUGGUGCAGGAUACGGCCUCGCAGCAGAAUCAACACUGCAGCCCCCUUGCUGUUGUUUUCAAUCCUUAUUGGCUGCCAAUGCAGCAGGGCAUCUCCCUUCCUAGUUCGGAGGAAGAGAAGAAGGCCCUUCCUCAGUUCUUUAUAUUUUCUUAAAGAAUGCCUAACCGCUUCCUUCCCUCAGAAUAAGGCAGAGAGGAGGGGAAGAGGCACUGCUUCUCUGCUGCCAUGUUGGCAGUAGUGAACAUUAAAAAUAGAAGAAGGCUGAGUCGAGUGGCAGAUGAGGAAGGGCCUCAUUUUGCUCAUUUUCCAAGCACAAUUCAAAGUGUUGGUGUUGACCUUUAAAGCCCUAAAUGGCCUCGGCCCAGUAUACCUGAAGGAGCGUCUCCACCCCCAUCGUUCUGCCCGGAUGCUGAGGUCCAGCUCCGAGGGCCUUCUGGCGGUUCCCUCACUGCGAGAAGCAAAGCUACAGGGAACCAGGCAGAGGGCCUUCUCGGUGGUGGUGCCCGCCCUGUGGAACGCCCUCCCACCAGAUGUCAAAGAGAUAAACAACUACCAGACUUUUAGAAAACAUCUGAAGGCAGCCCUGUUCAGGGAAGUUUUUAAUGUGUGACAUUUUGAUGUGUUUUUAAUCUUUUUAUGAUUAUGAUGAUUAUUAUUAUUGAACUGGACUUGACUGGGAGGUGGCUUUGUCCCCUUAGUGAUGAAGACAGGACCGUCAAAAACCCUUGCUCCAGAGAUUGAUAGGUGGGGUCACCUUUCCCAGGACCUUGUCCUAAUGUUGAGGAGAAUGAAUGUUCAAUACUCUAGUCAUGGCAGCCCAGUGGGUAAAUUUUGCUGUUUCUUCCGAUCAUUUAGUUAGCUGCUGAUGCUCUAAAAUAGAUAGGUUCAUGGGUUCUAGUCGGAUCUUGAUGUCAAUAUCGUUUAUUCAGAUCCAGCAAAAACACACACACAAAACCCCCACAAAAUCCGAACUUGAAAUGGAGAUUUGACCAGGUAGAUGUUUACUUGCACUGUUUGUUUUCACUGCACAGUAGGCCUACAGAAUUUAGAGCAAGCAAAGUACAGUACUCUGUAGCUUCUUCCAUUUCUUUUAGAAGAGCAAAAGAGAAAAGCUGAUGCAUUUUAGAUUUCAUUGCGGUUAAUUGAUGCUACAUGCACAACAACAUGGCCGCCUCUUGUUUAUUUGUCAUGCCUCUUUAUUAACACAGGAGAGCUCCCAUUGCUUUCUUCCAGUUCCUGCCAACCUAGCAGUUUGAAAGCAUACCAGUGUGAGUAGAUAAAUAGGUACCACUGCGACGGGAAGGUAAACGGCGUUUCCAUGGGCUGUGGCACUCGUCACGGUGUUCCAUGCACCAGAAGCGGUUUAGUCCUGCUCGCUACAUGACCCGGAAAAGCUUUCUGCGGACAAAUGCUGGCUCCUUUACCUUUUACCUUUUAUUAACAUGGGAAGUUAAAUAAGUUGUUUUUAUUCUGACCUCUUGUUAUCUGUGCUUUUUGUCUUCCAUUAAAUAUUUUCAAGACAUGUUCAGCCCCAGUAGUGGUGACUGGGAUCUCCUGCUCUUGUUCUUGGGUGCAUCUGUGCCCAACUAGGCACUUUCGCUGAUAUGAGGUGUUGAUUUGUCCUUUCUCAGAUUUAACAACCUGGGUGUGCUCCAUGUGACCAAGAAAAACAUGAUGGAGGUCAUCCGGGACAAGCUGAAGAAGCAGAAGUUGCGAACCAGAGUGCAGUCUCUGACAGGUGACCUUGAACUGGGAAGGAAACAUCUGGGGAGUGGUUUGCUAGGAACUGUCUGCCCCUCUACCUGUUAAACUAUUUGUGUGUGUGUGUGUGUGUGUGUGUGUGUGUGUGUGUUGAGGUUCUAUAACUGAUUUGGAGUACAGUGGUACCUCAGGUUACAUACGCUUCAGGUUACUUACGCUUCAGGUUACAGACUCCGCUAACCCAGAAAUAGUGCUUCAGGUUAAGAACUUUGCUUCGGCAUGAGAACAGAAAUUGUGCUUCGGCGGCAUGGCAGCAGCAGGAGGCCCCAUUAGCUAAAGUGGUGCUUCAGGUUAAGAACAGUUUCAGGUUAAGAACGGACCACCGGAACGAAUUAAGUACAGUGGUGCCCCGCAAGACGAAUGCCUCGCAAGACGAAAAACUCGCUAGACAAAAGAGUUUUCCGUUUUUUGAGUCGUUCCGCAAGACGAAUUUCCCUAUGGGCUUGCUUCGCAAGACGAAACGUCUUGCGAGUUCUUGCAAGUUUGUUUCCUUUUUCUUAAAGCUGCUAAGCCGUUAAUAGCCGCUAAGCCACUAAUAGCCGUGCUUCGCAAGACGAAAAAACCGCAAGACGAAGAGACUCGCGGAACGGAUUAAUUUCGUCUUGCGAGGCACCACUGUACUUAACCCGAGGUAGCACUAUACUGGAUCAGUCUCAGUUCACUCUGGGACUAGAGGUGCAAGAUUCAUACCAUGGUUCUCACUUGAAAUGUGCAACAAGUCAAUUGGUGUAACGUGUUAGCAUGGCAGGCAGUGGUUAAGUAUGAAUGAAAAAGAGUUACUUGCCAGUGACAAGAAGCUUCACACAAUUUUCCUCUUAAUAGCAUUCUUAGUUUACAGAACAUGACUGAGGUUUUGGAUGUGCCUGGCUUCUCCAAGACAGCAGUCAUAGAAUUAGAAUUGUAGAGUUGGAAGGGACCCUGUGGGUCAUCUAGUCCAACCCCUUGCAAAGCAGGAAUAUGCUGCUAUCCCUUACGGGGAUAGAACCUGCAACCUUGGUGUUACCAGCGCCACACUCUAACCAACCGAGCUAUCCAGGUGACAAUGAGUCUACGCACCUGACUUUAAAGGAUUUUGGGUUUCCAUGCAGAACUGUGCCUCUGAGCGUGUGUAGAAGGCAUUGCCCUCUAUAGAGUGGCCGCAAUCUGAUCCUUCCCACUAUGUCUGGAAUGGGAAGGAAGGCCCUUUAACUCAAAAUCACCCCUUUCUGGGGUAUGGGGGGGCUCGAAAUCUGGUGUACCUAAUAGGGGCAAGGUACAGGAAAGGGGAGGGAUGCGGGUGGCACUGUGGGUUAAACCACAGAGCCUAGGGCUUGCUGAUCAGAAGGUUGGCGGUUCAAAUCCCCGCGAUGGGGUGAGCUCCUGUUGUUCGGUCCCAGCUUCUGCCCACCUAGCAGUUCGAAAGCACACCAGUUCAAGUAGAUAGCUAGGUACCACUCCGGCGGGAAGGUAAACGGCAUUUCCGUGCGCUGCUCUGGUUCACCAGAAGUGGCUUAGUCAUGCUGGCCACAUGACCCGGAAGCUGUACGCUAGCUCUCUCGGCCAGUAAAGCGAGAUGAGCGCCGCAACCCCAGAGUCGGUCACAACUGGACCUAAUGGUCAGAGGUCCCUUUACCUUUACCUGUACAGGAAAGGGGAAGACUGAAAUUAGGGAGAGGAGUGUAGUGAAAGGGAAGGGCAGAACAGAACAGGGUUGAGAACAGAACACAGCAUGCGAGAGGAAUGGCUUGCUGGAGCUUAGCAUGAGCUUCCCUUUCUAUUGCCAGGCCCUUGGGCUUGAAACCUGGGAACAAACAUCGCAUUCGAGCUUGUGUAAUGUUCCUUUCUUCUUCGCUUUCUGUCAGAUUGCCCCUUAAAAUAGGGGCCAGCAUUGAAGUAUGACUUUCUAGAAGCUGGGCUCUUCAGUGGCCCUAGUGGGAGCUUUGUGCUUCCAGUGGAAGACUCACUCACAUGGGUUUGAUUAAAAUGGGACAACUUGUUCAAGUGUUUUUCCAGGGUGUAAUGGUCCAAAAGCAAGUCAGGGUCGCCCUUGCUGUAGCCCCCAAGGUUUUGUUUGAGACAUCAGAAGCUAUUAUGAGGGGUUGACUGACAUAACUUUCUAACCAACUCAAUUCCGCUUUUCUCAGUAUGCCCGGUAUAAUGUGGACCUUUGUGUCUUUUCGAUAUAAUUUGUAAACUAGUUUCCUGCACAGUUAUCAACCCAGUAAAGGUGCAGGAGCCCAGAAAUUCUGGGUUCGGAUCUUUGCCUCUGCUGUAAACUUUGUAGGUGCUUUUGGGCCAGUUGCAAUUUCUUGACCUUGGAUCUCCAACCUGUAAUUUGGAGAUCGUGAUUCUGACCUCUCUUACGCGCAGUUACUGCAAGGAUUAUAUGGAGCACUUCAAAAACUCAAGGCACUAUGCAGAUGUUAGGUAAUUGGCUUUCCGUUUGCCGACGACAAGCCCCAUCCUGCCACAUGGGAGCCACUUCCAAGAAGCCAUGUGUUUUAGUAGAGUGUGGAGAAAGCCCACUGGGGUUCCCUAGGGGUAGGAGAGAACAUACAGCAAUUACUGCAGGAGUCUUAGCGCCAUAUAGAUCCAAAAUAAUUUCUCUCCCAGCUGUUGGUUCAUAUGGUAGGCGGAGAUUGUAUACAUGACAUGCGUUUGCAAAUCAUUGAGAGCAUCCUGCCUCAUUAAUAGUUACUCUGAUAGCAAGAGUAGGGCUGGGUGAUAUAGUGACAUAUCGCCCAAAACCUGUUUGAAGUCCAUAUUGUGAUAUCUGUUUUGUAAUUUUUGACCUGGCAAUAUAUCACAAGUCAUGAUGUGCUAUUCAAAAAUAUGGGAAAAACUGAAGCCAGCCCAAUGCCUCUACAUAGCUCCAUCCUUAUUUCUGACAUUGUGAUAUAUCAGUAUAUCGCAAUGUUUAGUUGGUGAUGUAUUGUGAUGUUUAAUACCAGAUAUCGCCUGAUGGCAGAUAGCAGAUGGCAUCAAAGGCAGCCCAUACAGGAGGGAUGGGGUACUUGUUGUCCUUCAGAGACAUUAUGAGAUGACCUCUUGCCUUUGGUUGGGAAGGGUACACUCUGACGUGGGGUACAGGAUCCCCGGGUUUGUGGAUGUAGUAGCCCUUGUUUGCCAGGUGUAUAAUUCAGCAUCUACUUUGGCAGAAUCUGAAGAAGAGGAGAUUGAGCAAGAGGCUAAGGAGCUGAAGAAAACAAUGGACCUCAGCAUUGUCCGGCUGCGAUUCAGUGCCUACCUUCGUGACAGCAGUGGGAACUUCAGCCUGGCGCUGAAGCCGGUUAUCUCGGACCCUAUCCAUGACAGCAGUAAGUCUUCUCUCUUGGUCCGUAGACUGACCUCAGUUGGGGUUUCACCCUUGUUUGGAGGAGAGCCAUGGAGCAAGCAUUUGCCACUGUGUCUACUGCUCGGCCAGGUUUUGAACAUCGGCAUCUGGUUAGCCACAGUAUGGUCCAAACCGCAGAGCCUCUUGGGCUUGCCGAUCGGGAGGUCGGCGGUUCAAAUCCCCGUGACGAAGUGAGCUCCCAUCGUUCUGUCCCAGCUCCUGCCAACCUAGCAUUUGAAAGCACGCCAGAGCAAGUAGAUAAAUAGGUACUGCUGUGGUGGGAAGGUAAACGGCGUUUCUGUGCACUCUGGUUUCCAUCACGGUGUCCCGUUGCACCAGAAGUGGUUUAGUCAUGCUGGCCACAUGACUCAGAAAGCUGUCUGUGGACAAACGCCGGGUCCCUUGGCCUGAAGCAAGAUGAGUGCUGCAUCCGCAUAGUUGCCCUUGACUGGACUUACCGUAUUUUUCGUCCUAUAGGGCGCACCGGCCCAUAGGAUGCACCUUGUUUUUUUUGGGGGGGGGGAAUGAAUAAAAAAAAAUUAUCCCCCCCCGCCGCGGCUGCCGCCCCAAGCCUUGCGCACACCUGCCCGAAGCACGGGAGCCCUCCGGAGGGCUCCCCGUGCUCGGCGCAGGCUGCCGCCCCAAGCCUCGCGCACUCGGCGGGACCUCCUGCCGGGCGCGCAAGGCUUGCAGACACUCACCCGAAGCUGCCGCCCCAAGCCUCACACACCCGGCGGGACCUUCUGCCGGGCGCGCAAGGCUUGCGGACACUCGCCGGGGCUGCAGGCUGCUGCCCGCAAGCCUUGUGAGCCCGCGGGAACUCCCACCGGGCUUGCAAGGCUUGCGGAUAGCUUCCUGAAGCCUGGAGAGCGAGAGGGGUCGGUGCGCACCGAUGCCUCUCGCUCUCCAGGCUUCAGCGAAGCUCUGCAUUCGCCCCAUAGGACGCACACACAUUUCCCCUUCAUUUUUGGAGGGGAAAAAGUGCGUCCUAUGGGGCGAAAAAUACGGUAACUGUCCAGGGGUCCUUUACCUUUACCUUUUUACCUUGCUGGGCUGGGUGGGGCUUUGACCUCAUCCAGCUGCUUAUGUUCUUAAGAAGAGUUCUGCUGGCUCGCAGCAACUGGCUUUCGUUUCACUUUUUAUUUGUAUACCUCCUUUCUAUAUUACUAUACUGAAGGCGGUUUGCAAGCUGAAGAGAUGACAGAAAUCAUGCACACACCUUGUAACAAGCUGAUCAAGUACAAAAAAAAGUCAUAAUGCAUACAUAACAUUAAAAUAAACAACUUCAAAUAAAGCAACACUCAGUAAUCCAUUAGAAUGUAAUGGUGCACAAUGAAAUUAAAUAUCAGCAAACCGUAAUUAAACAUAAAUUCUUAGCAACCUGUUUUAGCCGUGGGCCGGUCCACCGUCCCUCAGACCAUGUGGUGGGCCAUACUAUAUUUUGAAAAAAAAAUUGAACAAAUUCCUAUGCCCAACAAAUAACCCAGAGAUGCAUUUUAAAUCAAAGCACACAUUCUGCUAAUGUAAAAACACCAGGCAGGUCCCACAAAUAACCCAGAGAUGCAUUUUAAAUAACAGGACACAUUCUACUCAUGUAAAAAAACACUGAUUCCCGGACCGUCCGUGGGCUGGAAUGAGAAGGCAAUUGGGCCGCAUCUGGCCCACGGGCCUUAGGUUGCCUACCCCUGCUUAACGCUCUUAAAAAUUACAAUAAAUAAUUACUAAACCGUUAGCAAUAAAAAAAGAACAGCAAGUCACAAUGCGUAAAAUGCCACAAUACAUACAAAACCAUGUAAAAGGGUCAAACAAAGGCACACAACUUAUCACGUUGUUGUUGUUUUUAAUCCCGGAACUCCUGUCUUCAGUGUGUGCCCCAUCUCUGAUAUUGGGAAGACCACCACAGCUGCAUUUAGGCCUCAAGGUUGACACAUCUGUUGAGAGGAGUAUGCCAUCCUUCUCCCCAGGGCCUGAUUGUUGAUAUUUUGGGUCUUACAGACUUUGUAGAACACUAAUUUCAAGUUCACAUUUGUGCUGGAGAGCUUACAAGCUCAGGUAGGGCGUGGGGAACUAGGCUGUAUGGGAGACACCACAAACUAUGGCCACCAGGUGGCAAGUAGUAGCCAUAAAUCACUUCCUGUCUGAGCGUGUAGUGAGGCCUUCUACCAAGAUCUCCUUGCAUUGCGCAGAACAUGGAAGAGAGUUGAAUCUCUCUCUGCACCACAUUUUGGAGAUCCCUCCUCCUCCUCAGUCUCCAUAGCUUCGCACAAAUGGAAAGACUGACACAUUCCUUCUGGGUGCAUGGCUAGAGUACAUGAGAGGGGUGGGUUGAUGGUAAUCGCAAAAAAUAAUGGGCUGCCGAGGCUAGCCAAAAUUUGUGAACCUCUAGGCGCACAUUUGGCUUGAAAUAAUGUGGCUCUCGUAUGGAGUCCCCUUUCUUACAUUUGUACUCAUGAUUACAUACAAAAAAGCUGCCUGGAUCUCAGUUACACAGCUCUGCCUUUUCCUUGCUCUUCAGAAUCUCCCGGGGCUUCCAACCUGAAGAUCUCAAGAAUGGACAAGACAGCUGGCUCCGUGCGAGGCGGGGAUGAAGUUUACCUGCUGUGUGAUAAAGUCCAGAAAGGUGAGCGCUUAUUCCCCUUAUUUUCUUAUCUUUCAUUUGUUGAUGUUUUUGGGGGAGUGGCAUCAGAGGUCUUGAACAUUAGGAAGCAUCAGACGGGGUUGCCAACAAGGUGACUUGAGAUCUUUUCUGGGCACCCAGGAAGCCACUGCCUCCUUGGUCGUGAGAUUAUGAGGAUGGUUUCUCUUGGAAAAUUUUCCAAGAGCAGUGGCACACUUAUUAUUUCAUCUCUGCAUGCUUUUGAAGGCUCGGAUUGAUUCUGCUGGAUCUCACUUUUACUCAGAUCCAUUGGGAAAGAAGCCUGUGCACAUGGUCCUUUUCUGUGGGCUGGGCUGGGGGGUGUUGAUCUGGAGGAACAGAAGUGACCAGAAAAGGAUGUCCUCACAACAUCUGUUCAAAAAUCCAUAUGUGCCCACAGGCUUUAAAAGCUUGGAGGUACCCUAUCCAAUUAUGCCUGUGAGUCUUAAGAGCUUGAUUCCUUGUACUCCUGUUAAACAUUCUUCAGAAAUCUGGAUGGAUACCAAAUUCUGACCCGGUUUUAUUGGUUUCUUCAUUGUUCUCAAGACUACUUCGCUUGGCUAGGAUUUUCCAAAUACAGAUGUAUAUGUGUAUAUAUAUAUAGAUAGAUAGAUAGAUAGAUAGAUAGAUAGAUAUAGAUAUAGAUAUAGAUAUAUUUGUUUGUGCACUUUCUUACCUGCCCUUUCAUCUUAAGUUCCCAGGGGGCCCAGUUACAGCCCUAGAAAAUAGGAUUGCGAAAAGUAAAUAAAUUUGUUCGAAUGGAACAGGACAACUUGUUGCGUUUCUGCCAGCUUGCUUCAGAAGAAGCAAGUGUAGACAUGGCUUUCCAAGGCAGACGGUCCCUUUGUAAAUUGGGCCUCGGAGGGCUCUUCAUUAGCACAAGGAGAAGGAAUGAAGGAAGACCCCAUGUGGCUGCGGAGGAGACUUGUGGCCUGAAAAUGGCUUGGGAAAGGGAGAAAACGAUGCUCUAGAGCAGGCAUCCCCGAACUCUGCCCUCCAGCUGUUUUGGGACUACAAUUCCCAUCCCUGACCACUGGUCCUGUUAGCUAGGGGUGAUGGGAGUUGUAGUCCCAAACAGCUGAAGGGCUGAGUUCAGGGAUACCUGCUCUAGAGGGCUGGACUGUGGUCACAUAGUGGUAUUGAUUGCAUGCACUGAGAAUGUAUUGUGUGUGGAGAGAGAGAAGACCUUAAUAAAUGAGACCCUGUGCUAGUUCAGAUGCCUGGGACCUGAGACAGGGUGGGUUGGUGCUUUCUCACAAGGGAAAUAACUUUUUUCUUCCUCCUCCAGAUGAUAUUGAGGUGCGGUUUUAUGAAGACGAUGAGAAUGGCUGGCAGGCCUUUGGGGACUUCUCCCCUACAGAUGUACAUAAACAGGUACCGGUUGGGUCGUGGGAGGCCUGGGUCCCACUCAAAAGAUCGGUCUUGCUGAGCAAGUCUCUUGUCAGCUUGAGCAAUUAGAUGUCAAGAUUGUGUAGCAUUUUGUGUAGCACCAGGCUAAAAGAUAGGUAAAAGACCACCAGGUUUUGUGUGCGUGGGAAUUUAAGGAUUGUAAGUGUGUGCUUGGGGUUUCAUCUGCCUGGGGAAAAUGAGAGGUUCUGCUAGUAUACAUAGGUCCUAAGCAUAUGCUUUUGGAUUGUUGUCGCCUCUUAAACCUGAUGAGCUUCGCAAGAUCUUUGGAAAGCCCAUCUCCUUUCCCUGGUUUGCUCGCCUCUCGUGACCAGUGAACGCAAGCCCCGGGAAACUGGGUUUUUCUUCCAAUAAAGCUCGGAGGGUGAUAAAACUAUAUUCUGCAUGGUUGUGCGACUUACUUUAGGUCGUGAACCAGGCAACUACUUGCCCAUUUCCAUUGCUAUUCCUGGGCGAGGUGAGUGACUUGGCAGCUGCAGGGGAUGCAUGGACGAAACUGAUUUCUUCAGACACAUCAGUUAGGACUUGGGGCCAAGAUGCAGAAUAAGCUGCAGCAGUUGUCCUAGUUGAUGAUCCAUUUCUAGAGGUAUAUUUCCCUGGACGCCUCAGAUCUGUUCAAUAUCGUAGGCUCGUGAAAUCCUGCUGAGCUAUUUUUGGGCACUGUAUUGUGAUGGUUCUCCUGCUGGCUGGUGGGAUUUUAGAAGGGUUAAUACUUAACUGGGCAGCGGCUGUAGCUCAGUGGCCUUCUAUGCAGUGGGUUCAAUCCCUGGUGUCUCUAGGCAGGACUAGAAACUUCUCCCAGAUACCCUGGAAGCAGCUUCCAGACAGUGUUGACAAUACUGAAUAAGACUGAGCAAUGGUCUGACUCAGUGGAAGGCAUCUUCCCAUAUUCCUAAUAUUUUGCUGCUCUGCCUCAUGGGAAUUACCGUAUUUUUCGCUCUAUAAGACGCACCAGACCACAAGACGCACCUAGUUUUUGGAGGAGGAAAACAAGAAAAAAAAUAUUCUGAAUCUCAGAAGCCAGAACAGCAAGAGGGAUCACUACGCAGUGAAAGCAGCGAUCCCCCUUGCUGUUCUGGUUCCUGGGAUAGCUGUACAGUCUGCAUUUGCUCCAUAAGACGCACACACAUUUCCCCUUACUUUUUAGGAGGGAAAAAGUGAGUCUUAUAGAGCAAAAAAUACGGUAAUCUCUCGGGUGCUGCAAGAAUAUCUCUCUAUCAAACCGCUGUGGGUAGGAGGGAGCCUGUCAGUUUUGAGCUCACUUUUCUCUGUGUGCUUAUGACAUCCAACUCUGCUUUUGAUUCUCCUCUAACCCACGGCAAUAGUUAAGUUCUUUAUGUUAUGAUACAUUGACUCUGAAUCAGUCAGAGCUGCCUCUUGGGUUGCCACUUAAGCCCUAUUCAGGUGUCCACACUUUGUGUCCUUGCAGUACGCCAUUGUGUUCCGCACGCCGCCCUACCACAAGACCAAGAUUGAGCGCCCGGUCACCGUGUUCCUUCAGCUGAAGCGCAAGCGAGGGGGUGACGUGAGUGACUCCAAGCAGUUUACCUACUACCCGGUGGUGGAAGGUACAGGGAGCUUGUACCAAGAAGUGUCUUGCUACUUCUGUUUGUCCAGUGCCAGCGCAGGGCCUUGUCUUUGACGACUCUCCUCUUAUGUCCUUGGUUGCAGAUAAGGAAGAAGUGGAGAGGAAGAGAAAGAAGACCUUGCCCCAGUUCCCUCAGCACUUUGGGGGCGGCUCGCCUAUGGGAGGCGCUGGGGGUGGAGCCGGCGGAUUUGGUUCUGGCGGAGGUAAACGUUGCUCUUUGUUGACGGAGGCUUGGGGAGUUUGGAGUGCCUUGCUCUUAGGUGGCUUCCUAGUUUUGAGAUCGAAGGCUUUUCAUUGCAUUAGUUUUGGCAGCAGAGUAUAGACUCCAGGAGAGCCUGUAAAAUUCUGGCACUGGGCAGUGGAACCCUGAGCAUCUUCCACUCUUGUAGGAAGCCAACUACCCCUGGAGCUCCUUGGGGGUAAAGGCCACCUGACCACGGGAAGCUGGGUUUUAAGCUGUCAGGUUAUAAAACGUUGAUAGGCGCAUCCUUUGCAUGGAUGUCUUGGGUGCAAAAAUAAAUGGGUUCGGUUGUGGGUCUCUCCCCAACAUCAUCUGACAUGUAAGCAGGGGCAAAGGAUUUCUUUAGCUCUUCUGUGAUUUCCUGACCCCCCUCCCUUUACACCUUUUUUCAUCUGUCUGGUGCUUUUUUAAAGAAAGGAGUCUCCAUUAUUUAGCCCAGUGUUUCCCCAGCUUGGGUCUCCAGCUGUUUUUGGACUACAGCUCCCAUCAUCCCUGACCACUGGUCCUGUUAGCUAGGGAUGAUGGGAACUGUAGUCCAAAGACUGCCAGAGACCCAAGUUGGGGAAACACUGAUUUAGCCUAAGCACCUUUAGUGAUGGCCUGUCUUUCCUUCUGAUUAGCCAUAUUAUUUGGUUUACACUUGUUCUGCUGGUGUAACAUGUCCUUUGUUUUGGAGAGGCUUUCACUUCUGUAAAAAGCAGUUGCCUUGCCUUUGGAAGACCAUCCGUCAUGGAUGUUUUCGUUGAGAUUCCUGCCUUUCAGGGGGUUUGGAUUAAAUGACCCUGGGGUCCCUUACACCUUGACAAUUUGAUGACUCAAUGGCCACUUUUUGCUUUUCUCAUUCUGUACUUCAUGUGAUAAACAUCUUCUAUGUGUUGGCUUAGAGAUAAAACAGAGAAUCUGCAUAGGCACUUUGGUGUAAUGGUAAGGCAGGUUAGGACCGUAAGAAGCUGCCUUAAGACUCUUUGUCCACCUACCUUAGUGUUGGGACGCAGGUGGUGCUGUGGGUUAAACCACAGAGCCUAGGGCUUGCCGAUCAGAAGGUCGGCGGUUCGAAUCCCCACGACGGGGUGAGCUCCCGUUGCUCGGUCCCUGCUCCUGCCAACCUAGCAGUUUGAAAGCACAUCAAAGUGCAAGUAGAUAAAUAGGUACCGCUCCGGCGGGAAGGUAAACGGUGUUUCCGUGCGCUGCUCUGGUUUGCCAGAAGCGGCUUAGUCAUGCUGGCCACAUGACCCGGAAGCUGUACGCCGGCUCCCUCGGCCAAUAAGGCGAGAUGUGCGCCGCAACCCCAGAGUCGGCCACAGCUGGACCUAAUGGUCAGGGGUCCCUUUACCUUUACCUUAGUGUUGCCUGCAGUUGCACUGACAGCGACUUGCCAAGAAUUCAAGCAAGUCUCUCCCAGCCCUACCGGGACAUGCUGGUGAUUGGACUUGGUGUGUAAUGCAUGCAAAAUAGAAGCUCUAGCCACUGAGCUACAGCGAGUCCCCAUCCCACUAAAGGGUUGAGGGUGGGGAUGCUACUGUAGCUCAGUUCCACAACAUUCUUUGAUAUGAAACGUAUCUCUGGCUUUAAGUGAGCCACUGCUGCUGACGGCUGUGAGCGAUUCUGGACAAUUCAUGGGGUGGAAUUGCUAAAAGAGCGCAGAGUAGUUUGCUUAAUUAGACAGACAGAGAGAGAGAGAGAAGGCUGAUCUUCCAAUGCAAUUUGUUGAGGCAGUUCCAAUUCCUGCAGCAAGUGGAAACUGCUAAUUACCAUUCGCUUUACACCUUUCCCCGUGACUCGGGAGGCGAGCGUUCUUUCCAAAGACAAAACCAUGCACUCUUGAAGCAGGGAGCCCUCUGACGGAGUCAUUAUUUUAAUUUACUAGCUUGUCUUCAGCGCAGAGAAGGGGGUCUGGAUAACAACGCUCUGCAGAACAAACGGCAGGCGUGUCAGAUGUUGCAGAAUUAGUAAGCCCUGAGCUGAGCAUGCCCAGGGGGCUGGUUUCUAUUUUUAAAGGAGAACGUGCCGCAGAUCAAGGUUUCUGGGUUGCAAAGCGGGGAGCAAAGUCUAGUCGCUGUUGACGGCUAGAAUACAGGCUCACAAACUCUCCUGCAGUAAACUGAACAGUGCCAGUUUCAAAUGUGAUAUCUGAAAGUCCUAAGUUGAGCCGUGACUUUGCCAGUGCGUUAUUAGCUUGGGAGCUACUGCCGUGUCUUUGCUCAGCUGGUGACAAAGCAGUGCAUAAGUGCAGACCUGACUUAUUGGGGCUUGCCCCCCUUCUGCUUUCCAACAGCUACAAUUUGCGAACAGUGCGUAGGCAGCUUGCAUGCCAACUGUGGGCAGGGACAUAACCAGAAGUGGUUGGGACCACCCCCUCUCCCACCCCUCUCUCUUUCUUCUCCCCUUCUCUUCCCUGCUUUUCCACUUGACUGCCAGGGGAGGGACGGGUUCCUUUUGCUAGAAGUCUGAAAUAUUUAUCGAGGGCUCCUGAAAUUUAGCCACGCGUCGCCCAACCCUGUGAGCACAACUGGGCUAACAUAGAAACCUCUCUCUAUCUCUGUGUUGUGUGUAAACGCCUGCCUACCCCAGCUGGGAAUCCCUGGCACUCAGCGGGAUACAGCUCUUGCAGCAACAGCAGCAUCUACCUCUCCGGCACCUACCCGAUGGGCAACUACCAAGGAGGGAGGGGCAUCCACAUGCCAGGAACUUCCAAGCCGGAAGAGGGGGAACAGCAAACAUUAGAAGAUGGGAGCCGGGUCUCCACGGAGGAAAAGCGCUACGCAGAACUGCUGCAGCAUGGUACGUCUGUGAGACGAGUGCAGUCCAAAGUAGUCUGGAGUUAAGAGGUGUUUUGGAAGCAGUUUACGUGCUGGAGAGUUCUCUAAAUCCAUAUAUAGAAUGAAAUAUACACAUUCUAUAUGAAAGAGCCACAAAGGGCAAACCACCUAAGAGGUAUGCUGAUGAGUUUGCUAAAACAGCUGUUGUUAGUAACUCAGUGAAGGUUUGGGAACCUUCAAGCUUCCAAGAGGUCCAAGAUUUAACCUCAAAGGAUGCAGGUAAAGGUAAAGGGACCCCUGACCAUUAGGUCCAGCUGUGACCGACUCUGGGGUUGCGGCGCUCAUCUCGCUUUAUUGGCCGAGGGAGCCGGCGUACAGCUUCCGGGUCAUGUGGCCAGCAUGACUAAGCUGCUUCUGGCAAACCAGAGCAGCGCACGGAAACGCCGUUUACCUUCCCGCCACAGUGGUACCUAUUUAUCUACUUGCACUUUGAUGUGCUUUUGAACUGCUAGGUUGGCAGGAGCAGGGACCGAGCAACGGGCGCUCACCCUGUCGCGGGGAUUCGAACCACCGACCUUCUGAUCGGCAAGUCCUAGGCUCUGUGGUUUAACCCACAGCGCCACCCGCGUCAAAGGAUGCAGAGCCAUGUUUAAAAGCCAUGAAGGCUGAACUUGAUUCCUUAGAGAGGAACAAGACCUUGAAGAAGUUGCGCCAGGGCUACUACGAGUGGCUGCUGCAGCUGCAAGGCUGAGAGGGGAGACGCUCCGGCUGGGGCCAAGCCAGUUGGUUUUAUCCCCCGGUUCCGACAGCCAUAGCCACAGUGGCCCAUCUCUUCCCCUUCCUUCCCCGCUCCCCCAGGAGCCAAACCGAUGGUGCUACAAGCUGUAGGACUCUGGCAUGUGCACAUAGCUGGGGGGGCCACUCUUUAUCCUCCAAGCAUCACCGGCUUUUUAGUUCCACACUUAAUUAAUUAAUCUGGGAAUGUCUGCUUGUAAAAGCCACAUGCUCCACCACGGACCUGUGACCUUCCCCUGUUGCAGGGAUGGGGAGAACUAUUUUCAGCCAGGGUGGGGUGUGUUCCUCCAUGAGCAUCCGUUUCGAGGGGUAGUGGGCACACGAUGGCCAGAGGAAAAAGUGGGCAGAGAGACUCCCACCUUUUGUAUCAGUAGGUUGCGCUGCAGCCUCGCGAAAGGCGGUUUUCUGCACACACAUUCUCUGUCCAGACAAGCAAGACACAUUAUCGGGUGCCAAGAGCACGUUCCACCCAGGCAAAAGCAGCAAAAGGGGGUGGAGCAGGAAGGUGUGGGUCCCAAUAGGAGAGACCUGGAGGGUCGCAUCUGGACCCUGUGGGGCCCCCCAACCCGCUGCCCUAGUAGGGCAAAGCUUGGCAAGGGUGGUGUUGUGUCCAGGGGGAUUCAUGCACAGUGACCGAGUGCAAGAAGUCCAGUUUGGCCACCGGCAGAGGGUUGCAUUCACACAGUGCCUUUUCCCUGUCCCCCUAGCUCAGGAGUGCAGUUCGUGGAUGCUGAUGCUGGCUCGGCGCAGCUCCCGGGCUCUUCUCGACUACGCAGUCACGGCCGACCCACGGAUGCUGCUGGCUGUGCAGAGGCACCUAGCUGCCUCUCAGGACGAGAACGGAGACACGUGAGUCUGCUGCGGGCGGAGCGGGGCCUUUGGGGCAGGCGCUGUCUGGUGUGUGGGAGGAGGCGGGAGCAAGCAGGCUUCCUCAGAGACUCCACAAUUCGGGGGACAGUUGCCCGCUUCCUUCAAGUGUUCUGUUGGAGGCAAGAGUCUGAAGGGUGGUGCUAGGGAGGAGCUACAGCCAGUGUGGUGGUGUGGUUAAGAGCGGUAGUCUCGUAAUCUGGGGAACCGGGUUCGCGUCUCCGCUCUUCCACAUGCAGCUGCUGGGUGACCUUGGGCCAGUCACACUUCUUUGAAGUCUCUCAGCCCCACUCACCUCACAGAGUGUUUGUUGUGGGGGAGGAAGGGAAAGGAGACUGUUAGCCACUUUGACAUUACCUAGGGUUGUGAUAAAGCGGGAUAUCAAAUCCAAACUCUUUUUCUCCUUCUCCUUCUCCUUCUCCUUCUCCUUCUCCUUCUCCUUCUCCUCCUCCUCCUCCUCCUCCUCCUUCUCCUUCUCCUCCUUUUUUCUGCCUCUUGAAAUUUGGAAAAGGAAGCAAGGGCUCAUGGAAAGGAAUUCUGCUGCCCGCUUGACAAUAUAUUCAGUCUCUCUCGGAGUUAGGAAACAUUUCUCGAUACCUCCCCGCCCCCCAAUUUAAUGUUAAUAUUUUAUCGGAAGGAUUUCAGUUAUAAAGAAAGUGAUACAGAGAAGAAAAGGGGGGAGUGAGGGUGGGCAAAAGAACAAAGAGGUGUAUAAGGGACAAAAAAAUAAUAAUGCAGUGUAUACAUUCUUAUAUAAAUUGAUAUCAUGUUAUUUCUUGAUACCUGAUCUGAGUCCUUUAGUAUAAACUCCAAGAAACUGCCGUUCCCUUAACAUGUUUGACUAGGUUUUUAGAUAUUUUGAUAAAAGCUAUCCCCUUUUCUCAGUCUUUGGUUUGUGUCCAUUUUUCCAGCUUUUUUCUUAUACAUUGCGCAGACUCGAAAAUCUUAGUUUUUCUUUGAAAUUCCUUUAAAUUGUGAGAACAGCAGUUCUCACCAGAUGGUGAGAACAAUGGGUGCUUGUGGCUGCUGUCGGUUUGUAUUAUUCUUGGGUUUUAGUACAUAUUUUGUGUUUUUAUUUUGCAUUUUUAUGCUGUGAACUGCCAUGAGACAGGUGAAGGGCGGGGUUACAUAUUUAAUAAAUAAAUAUAGUAAAACAAGUGAGCACAGAGCUGUAGCGGAGGCCUGAUCAGAACUCCUUGUCUGGUCUUCAGCUUGUCCUCUGCCAUUCCGCAGUCCACUCAUACGAAAACGUGUCCCAUUUGCAAUAUUUAAUUGCCUCCAGUAGUUUCUGGAGCAAACAUUUUCCUUCUUUGGACCAGAAAGCCCCCAAUGUAGGGGGAGUUUUGGAUCCUCCUUUGCAAAUUGUAGAAGCGGGGACUUGGUGACGCACACAGACCAUAGCUAGGAGUUGGACUCGCUUCUUGCCCCGUCUGCGACUGACCGCACAGUUCCCGAGAACUUCAUCUUCCUGCUCUUAAGACAAUAAUCUUGUCUGUUCCCACAGGCCUUUGCACCUGGCUAUCAUCCAUGAGCAGACAGCUGUGAUUGCACAGCUGGUCCAAGUGGCAGUCAGCAUCCCCAACCAGCAGAUCCUCAACAUUGCAAAUCACUUGCAGCAGGUAUAGUAGAUGAUGUUUCAGAGUGCAGUUUCUCCGUCCCCUGCCCCCCUAAUCCUUUUGUCUGCAUUCCCUAGCACUGUUUGGCUUGUGUGUGCCGUGAGAGUGAGAGAGAAAGGAUCUCUCUCUUUUCCCUGAGAGCCAGUGUGGUGUAGUGGUUAAGAGCGGUGGACUUGUAGUCUGGUGAACCAGGUUCGAUUCCCCGCUCCUCCACAUGCAGCUGCUGGGUGACCUUGGGCUAGUCAUACUUCUCUGAAGUCUCUCAGCCCCACUCACCUCAGAGUGUUUGUUGUGGGGGAGGAAGGGAAAGGAGAUUGUGAGCCGCUUUGAGACUCCUUAGGGUAGUGAUAAAGCGGGAUAUCAAAUCCAAACUCCUCUACUCCUCCUCUUCACUAAAUCCACCAUUCUUCCAAGUUCUGAUCCUGCCAUGCCUUUACUCUUGGUGAGCUGUGAUGCCCUCGCACAGACUCCUCCUUGGCUUUGUCUUAAGAAGGAGCUGCUGCUGGACGAUGCCAAAUCAGCAAAACUAGCAGCUAAAGCAAGAGAACUUAAAGAUGACUGUUUUAUGGAAGAAUUGGAAGCCCUUUUUUGCACCAUUUAAAGAAAUGUUAUAAUGUGAUGAAGAUGUGAGCAGGAUUUGAACUACGACAACAGAAAAAAUGAGAGAUUAUUGUUUUAUGGUUAUGAUAUAGAAGAGUGAAGAGUGCAGCAAUGGGACAGAUUUUUUUAAAAAAAAAACACAGAAAAUGGGAUGGAAAGUCGACAAAACUAAAGAAAAAGUAAUUAUUGGAAUUUUAUGUGAAAUACACACACACACACACACACAGUGGUACCUCGGUUGUCAAAUGCAAUCCGUUCCGGAAGACUUCUGAAAUGUUUGACAACCGAGGCACAAUGGGUGGUCCGCAAAAUCCAUUGAAAAAAUGGAGAAACACGCCUCGGAAGUCACUCAACUUCCGAGGCACGUUCGAAAACAGAAUCAUUCACUUCUGGGUUGUCGGCAUUCGAAAGCCGAAGCAUUCUACUUCCGAAGCGUUUGACAACCGAGGUACCACUGUAUAAAAGAGCUGCUGAAAGCAGACCCCAUGGCGUUGGAACGUAAGCCCAUAACGAGUUAAGAAAAUGAGGUGGUCCCAACUUUUCCUUUGUCUGCUGGGAUUCUUCUUUGUCAACUUCCUGUUCACUUUGGCGCUGGCCAAUAUGGCGCCUCCAGCUGUUGUUGGGCUGCAACUACUACCAUUCCUCUCCAUGGGCCGCCAUGCUGGCAGGAGUUGAAGUCCAAGAACAUCUGGGUGGAAGCACUGUGUCGGGCUCCCAUGCUUAGUUUAAGGGCAGCAGCGAGGAGUGGUCCUAGUUUCCUUGAACCAGUUAUGAAUCCGCAUAGAGUAUGCCUGUCUGAUCGUUGCUUGCGCAGGUAGGUGAUUGAGUCUUGUACAAGGAAGUGCCUCCUUCUCCUCUGUUACUCAGGUGGGAGUGGAGAGAAAGUGGCCCCCCCAGAACGUUGCUUAGAUGGGAAGGGGCGAUGGAGGUUUAUCUGGCCUUUGCACUUAGGACAAACACCUUGAUUCCUUCCCCCGUUCUUUUGCUAGAAUUAGACCCAUCUCCCCAUUUUCUCCGCAGACACCUUUGCACCUUGCUGUGAUCACCCGCCAGCCCAGGGUGGCUGGGUUCUUGCUGCAGGCCGGCGCGGACCCCACUCUGCUGGAUCGCUAUGGCAACUCCGUAGUGCACCUGGCGCUGCAGCUGGGGGAUGAGGAGAUGCUGAAGACCCUCCUCUGUCACCUCGGCUCCCACACCCUCCAGCUCCUGGAAACACCUAAUUAUUAUGGUAAGCGACGGGAUAGUUUUGGAGGCUCAGGCAGGUGACAGCUGGCUGGCUGGUUUCAGAGUGAAUGUCUAUGAGCAGCUCGAAACAAGAGGGGAAGGCAGUGCGUAAUCUGCAGGAGGUGUGCUGUCUAGGGAUGGGCGAUAUCUGGCUUUCAACAUCACAAUAUAUCACCAGCUAAAUAUCAUGAUAUUUUGAUAUACCGUAUUUUUCGCUCUAUAAGACGAACCAGACCAUAAGACGCACCUAGUUUUUGGAGGAGGAAAACAAGAAAAAAAAAUACUCUGAAUCCCAGACACAUUUCCCCUUACUUUUUAGGGAGGGAAAAAGUGAGUCUUAUAGAGCAAAAAAUAUGGUAUAUAUCUGCGGUGGCGGAGAGCCUUGCUGGGCCUCCCCGUGGGGGCAGAGAGUCCUGCCGUAUCUCCCCACAGCUGCGGAGGGCCUUGACGAGGCUCCCUGUGGCAGUGGAGGGCCUUAAAAUGUAAAGUAGUAGAUCAAAUAAAAAUAUUAAAUAAACUUCCAUAUAUUACAUUUAAUAUAUUUUCAAGUGAUUUACUAGUCAAGUUGCAUCUGCUUCCCCACCCAGAGGUCUAAGUGGAAUCUGUGCAUGCAUAAGUUCAACUAAACUUUCUUCUUCUACUUUCCUGGGAGUAAGCCCCAUUGAAUUCAGAAGGGCUUGUUUGUGAGUAGACACACAUUUGCUUUCGCUGUUUACUGAAAAACAGCCUCCCCGUCAUUCUCACAUAGUACCCAACCUCCCAUUUCAGCAUAAGGAAGCCAGCUAAAUCUUCUCCCCUCCAUUUCCCCCUGACACAGAAGGACUCCCCCAUCCCACCAAUUUCUCUUUUUUUAUCAAAGGGAGGGAGGCAGGGCAAGCAAGCAGGCAAGCAAGCAAAAAGAUAACGGUAAAGGUAAAGGGACCCCUGACCAUUAGGUCCAGUCGUGGCCGACUCUGGGGUUGCGGCGCUCAUCUUGCUUUAUUGGCCAAGGAAGCCGGCAUGCAGCUUCCGGGUCAUGUGGCCAGCAUGACUAAGCUGCUUCUGGCAAACCAGAGCAGCGCACGGAAAUGCCGUUUGCCUUCCCGCUGGAGCGAUACCUAUUUAUCUACUUGCAUUUUGACGUGCUUUCGACUGCUAGGUUGGCAGGAGCAGGGAGUGAGCAACAGGAGCUCACUCUUGUCACUGGGAUUUGAACCGCCGACCUUACCGGCAAGUCGUAGGCUCUGUGGUUUAACCCACAGCGCCACCCGCGUCCCUAAAGGUAAAGGGACACCUGACCAUUAGGUCCAGUCGUGGCCGACUCUGGGGUUGCGGCGCUCAUCUCGCUUUAUUGGCCAAGGAAGCCGGCAUGCAGCUUCCGGGUCAUGUGGCCAGCAUGACUAAGCCGCUUCUGGCAAACCAGAGCAGCGCACGGAAACACCGUUUACCUUCCCGCCGGAGCGGUACCUAUUUAUCUACUUGCACUUUGACGUGCUUUCGAACUGCUAGGUUGGCAGGAGCAGGGAUGGAGCAAUGGGAGCUCACCCCGUCGUGGGGAUUUGAACCGCCGACCUGAUCGGCAAGUCCUAGGCUCUGUGGUUUAACCCACAACUCCACCUGCGUCCCUUAAGCAAAAAUAUAGUCUCAUUUAAAUUAAAAAAACACCCUUUUUAAUAUGGAGGUUAGCUAUUUAGGGGGAACCAACAACAUAAUCACCACUUGAAAAUACUCUCUCCCCCCCCCUCUUUUUUUCACUGGCAAGGGAAGAAAGAAGUGCUUUCCAGUUCUUUGUUUACUUCGCCUCUUGGGGUUGCUCCUGUUAGCAGGCUCUGCAUAAUUAGCUGAGCUCUAAGUGGAAAGAUAACUGGAAGCUAAAAGAGUUUGCUGGUUUGUGUGAGGGCUUAUCUUCUUUCUUACUGGUUAGGAGGGAGGAAGGAGAGAGCUUGCAAAUUAUCUGCAAAGUAUUGAGCUACCCCCUGGGAAGCUGUUAAGUCUCCACCUUUUGUUCACGGUGUAUAUUGCCUAGUUGAAACACUUAUUUCAAUACCGGUAUUCAAAUUCAAGGAUAAAGCGAUUUUAUUGCACAGCCUUAGUGCUGUCCCUAGAGGGGUUUCCCCAGCCGUCCUCAAAAGCAGCUUUUUGGUGCUUCGUUCCCACCAACCUUUGCUCCUUUGUUAGGCCUUUUCCCUGUGCACCUCGCCGUGAAGUGCAAGAACCCGGCCUGCAUCGAGCUGCUUGUCGAGAAGGGAGCGGAUGUGAACGCAGCCGAGCGGCAGAGCGGCCGGAGCCCUUUGCAUCUUGCUGUGGAGAUGGAGAACCUUAACCUGGCGACGUACCUGUUGAAGAAGGUAAUUGGGGUUUGGCUGUGUGCAGUAAUGGCUUCCCCAUCCUCCUUCAUGUAUGUGGGAAGGGGUGGCUCUGUUCUGAGAGCGCUUGCCAGCCUUUAAUCCCGUGCCCUUUCUCUGUCCAGCUGGGAGCUGAUGUGAAUGCCCAGACGUCGGCCGGCAAUACGCCUCUUCACCUGGCAGCAGGCAUGGGCUCCCCCAUCCUUACCAGGAUGCUGAUCAAAGCAGGUAAAUCAUCUCUCCAGGGUCCCUGGGACUCAGUAGGGCUCAAGGAUUCCUCUGGGAGCUGUUGGGCUGCCCACUUUUUAUUCUCACCCUUCUGGUUUAAGAAGAGCUGAAACUUUGCAUUGACCGAAAGUCAUCUGACUUCCUACUAGGUAUUUAUUUGCACUUGAUGCCAGACACUUAUUUCCACUCAUAGUUAAAGGUAAAGGUACCCCUGAUCCAUUGAGUCCAGUUGCGGACAACUCAGGGGUUGCAGUUCUCAUCUCACUCUAUAGGCCGGGGGAGCUGGCGUUUGCAGACAGCUUCAGGGUCAUGUGACCAGCAUGACUAAGCCGCUUCUGGCGAACCAGAGCAGCGCACGGAAAUGCUGCUUACCUUUCCGCCGGAGCGGUACCUAUUUACCUACUUGCACUUGACGUGCUUUUGAACUGCUAGGUUGGCAGGAGCAGGGGCCGAGCAACGGGAGCUCACCCCGUUGCGGGGAUUCGAACCACCAACCUUCUGAUCGGCAAGCCCUAGGCUCUGUGGUUUAGACCCUAUAGUUACUUAACAGCAAAUGACCCUGCUCUUGCUUUGCAUAUCACUUGUAUUAAAUGCUUCCCCAAAAAGCAAACACUUGAGGGUCCAUCCAGCAGAUGACCUGGGUCAUCUGCAGCCAUAACCUUACUCACUCAAGAGGGAGCAGUUCUUAUUGGGAUGGGAGGUGGGGAUCUUGGGACCCAUUCCAUUCCUCAGGAGAGGACCCUGUGCUCAGUUGCUCAGUUAUAAGGGCUCUCUCUGUCAUGUCCACUUAUUUUUGGGUGCAGUCUAGGCAACAAAUGUUGCAUUAGUUGGACUGGGGUGGGGGAGAAUAAGCUAUGUAGUUGAUUUCAAACGGAAGAUGACAUUGAAUAAAUAUCCCAGACUUUUAAAAGUUUGGGGGAAGGAGAGGGUGGGCAACAAACUGGUCCAGUGAAAGAUAGGAAUUCAGCACUGACAAGCAGUAAUGCUUUGGCUAAUGGGACAAUCUCUCAUCUCCUCUACCCAUGUGCUGUUCUGGGGGCGUUCCUGUGCCUCCAGUGGAUUUGGGGGAAGAGAUGGGGGAAAGCCUGUUGCACUGGUGGGGAGUCCUUGCACUGGCUUCCAGUAGCAGAAAGGGUUUGUUGAAUUCCAGAACAAGGCGCAGAACAAUCACAAAGGGAGCUGCCUCUUACAUCGCCUGAUAUACUUUGCCCUGUUUGAAGCAUUAUGCCAGCUGAACUCCCUGUUGAACUCCCCAGGGGCAGAUGUCCUGUGUGAGAACGACGAGCCCAUCUCGGCCCCCUCGUCUAACCCAGGCAGCGACGUGGAGUUGGAACAGGAAGAGGAGGCGGAAUGGGUCAUGGAGCUGGGAGAGGCCCUGGUGGAGCCGGGUGAAGACUGCGUGGCUGAGCUGAAGAGCAAAUGGCCUGAGAGGCAGGGGCGGGGGCACAUGCCAUUGGACUUGACUUCAAGCCAGAAGGUAUGUAACGUUUUGGGGGGUUCAGAUUGGACCCUUGCUGCAGUAGAGCCAUUCCUAGUUGUAACAUAUGCAAUGUUCUAGACCAGACUUUCCCAAACUUGGGUCUCCAGCUGAGAGCCAAGGUGGUGUAGUGGUUAAGAGCGGUAGACUCGUAAUCUGGUGAACUGGGUUCGAUUCCCCGCUCCUCCACACGCAGCUGCUGGGUGACCUUGGGCUGGUCACACUUCUCUGAAGUCUCUCAGCCCCACUCACCUCACAGAGUGUUUGUUGUGGGGGAGGAAGGGAGAGGAGAUUGUUAGCUGCUUUGAGACUCCUUAGAGUAGUGAUAAAGCGGGAUAUCAAAUCCAAACUCCUCUUCUUCUUCCAGCUGUUGUUGGACUACAACUCGCAUCAUCCCCAUCUAGCAGUACCAGUGGCCAGGAAUGAUGGGAGUUGUAGUCCAACAGCAGCUGGGGACCCCUGUUCUGGACCAGCCUCUUCUGGACUGCAGCUCCCAUCAUUCCUGGCUGUUGGCUGAGGCUUGUUGUGUUGCCCUUCCAGGUGUUGUGAGCUACAUUGUCCACCUCUGGAUUAUAGAGCGUCCUGCAACUAAGGCAGUUUGGAUCAUCGCCCACCUCUGAUCAUAGCUAUUUGUAGCUCUCUGUGUACCCCUUUGCACCCCAUGUUUUGUGAUGGGACGGACCCCAUCCCCAUGCACUCAGUAGAAGAAACUCUUUUUUAUCUCUCCUGAUAUAACCUGCUUAGGGGACAGUUAGAGGUAACCAAGGCUUCUUUCCUUCCAGGUGCGGGAGAUAUUGCAGCAAGCAUUGCUGCAGAACCCAGAAAGGGAACAGUCUGCCGAGACUCCUGCUUCCAGGCAAGGUGAGUGAAUGCUUCUUUUCUGCUUGGGGUCCUGCUGAGAAAUAACCCCUGUGCAUCAUUUCACAUUUGGACUAGGGGGCUUUGGCCAUCGAUGUAUAUAAAAUUCCAAUACAUAUUAAAAUAUAUUUUAUAUUACUGACUUCCCAUCCCAUUUUCCGUGACGUUUUUCUUAUCCCCCCCCCUUGCUGAACCCUGUCCUCCUCUCUUAUUUAACAUAGUCAUAACACAAUAAUCUUUAAUUGUUAUGUCGCUCACAGUUCAAAACCUGCUCACAGAUUCAUUUUGUAGUCUUUCUUCAAAUAAUCUGAAAAGGGCUUUCAUUCUUCAAGAAAAACAAAUGUCAUUAAGUUCUCUUAUUUUAGCUGUUAGCUUUGCUGAUUCAACCUAUUUCAUUGCUUUACUUAUCUAUUCUUCUUUAGCGGGGGCCUUAGGUGCUGCUUUCCUGGUCGGGUGUGGGGAGGAGGCAGUGGCUUUCGGGGCAGAGACAGGCACCUUUGUGCAGAGAAGCGAUCGCCUGUCAUCCUCUGUCUCUGAUUUCUCCAGGAAGCGUCCUGUCUCUGAAUAGCGACACCCUCCAGAGUCUAGAGAAGCUUCUGAACCAUGACUGCCAAGGGGCAGACUGGGCAGAGCUAGCCAAGAGACUGGGCCUCUGCAGCCUGGUGGAGACCUACAGAGGAGCAGAGUCUCCCAGCAGAAGACUUCUCCUGAGCUACGAGGUUAGUAGAUCCUCCUCUGUCCCUUGCCCUCCCCCUCUCCUCUGUCACCGAUUCCUAGCAGGUCCCCUCUGAACCCUCUAUGUUUCUCUCUCUUCCCCCCCCAGCUUGCCGGCGGCAGCCUCAAAGGUCUGCUGGAAGCGCUUGACUCCAUGGGACUGACGGAAGGAGUGAAGCUACUGCAGAGACCAGAGACGUUCGUCAAGCUACAGAGUACAGGUACAGAUACGGAACGUUAGGGCUGGGGUUGCAGAGACAGAAAAACUGCACCGUAUAACUUGCUGACGGCUAUCUCUGUCUGCCUCUCUCAGAGCUGAAGGAAGAUAGCGCCUAUGGGAGCCAGUCCGUGGAAGAGGAGCCAGCAGCCCUGCCUGGGAAGCUUCCACCAGCCUCCUCGCUGGAAGUCCCACCUCUCUUGCCUCACAGCCAGCAGGAGCAAGUGCACUGAUACGAGAGAAGCCGGAGCCUCGCUGGGGGAAGGGUGAUUUCGGACAUGUGCCUCUCGGACCCAGGACUCGGGCAUCAGGAGCUGGGAAGGCCGUGCAGAGCCCGGCGCAGCUCUGAUUUUCACGGCUGGUCUGCACAAUGUAGGAAGGACUGUUGCAGUUAGUUCAGCCUGCCUUGCAUUCACCAGACCUUCACCAAAUGUGGGAGAUAGGGGUAAGCAGUUGUUUUGUCCUGGUGCCUUUUAUCAAAUUCUGGUCCAAGCCUGAUCAGGACUUUGGGUCUUCUGCUCUUCCUGAGACAACCUUGCUCCCCGGCAUCAGCCACAUUACUUGUGAUGGGUUAGGUUUUCUUGGACAAUGAAUGCUAUUUACUCCUGAGCUCCUGGACUGCCCCACAAAUUGGUCCCCUUUUAGUGCCUUUUUAUAGUCCUAGUGAUUCAGGUGCCUGCCUUCUCCUUGGGAAUUAAUGGCUCUACAGAACUGAAUUUUCACCUGUGGCUUGGUAAUUUGGGGCAGAAUCCCCAAAAUGCAUUCGGACGAAAGAAACCCUACGUUUGGCACAACCCUUGUGUCAUGUGAAGCAGGAUAACAGCCCUUUCAGAACCUUGUGAACAGAUCUGUUGCUUAAUCCUACGAUCUAAUUUGGAUUUGAGCAAGCCCUUACGUAAUGGCUCAUCUUGGAAAAUUUGCUAACAUGCAAUUUUAACAAUUGCCUAUCAGGUGUCCAAUCUGCACAUUGUUUUCAAGCGACAAAGAAUGCCAUUCAAUGUCAGUAAGCAGUUUCGACAAGUGAAGCAAGAAGGAUGUUCUGGCCGUUGGUAGCUGCUGACAGUUGUGCUUCCUAGUCAAAGGUGUGUGAUGGGAGAGAGUUCUUGCAAUGUUGAGUAGCUAAAACUUUGAUGUAAAGAUUUGCAGUUAGGAAUCCAUGCUGGUUUGUUGGGGGAGUCUUCUGAGCUGAAAAUUCCAACCUUGGCUAAGAACCACCCCCCCCCUCCCCAGUUCUGUGAAGGGAAUAAAUGAUGCAAAUUUGCAUGUACACAGCAAAGAGGCCUUUUCAGGAGAACUUAGCCCUUUGGAUAGAAGAAGGAAACCGGCGCAUCAGAGGACAAAAGUAUCGAGUGGAUGACUGACAAGUUCUGCCACAACCGCACUCCAAUUUCUAAGCCUUUGUAGUUUUCAAAAGACUUCUGUCAUAGAGAAUAGACUUGUGCUUUGUGGAUAAUUUUUUAAAAUAAAUAAAAAUCCCAGGGUGAUUAUGUCUGCAUCAAAA